CACCCACCAGUCCUCCUCCACCACCACUUCCUCGGCGGCGCGUGUUUUCGCCUUUCUCCGCCCAUACACAAACAGCUAACGCGAUACUAUACAUACAACCCCUCUCCCCCCCUCUCUCUGUAUAUAUAUCAAUCCCUCCAUGUCUUCUUCACGGAGAGCUCACAUACAUUUACGAUUAUAGAUACAUACGUGACAGGAAUUCAGUUUAAUUGGAUCAAAUCGAAGAUUCUAACGCACAGUCGCCAGUAAUCGGGGUUCCAGGCAUCGUUUCUUCGCUCCGGACAUCGAAGCUCGUCGGCGCAUUGAAAUUUGAAAGAUCUCCUGGUAAAUUUGGAUGACUUUCGGCUGCUAUUUUGAAUUUGAAGCCGUGCGAUUUUGGUGAAAUUUCCGGGUUUAGCUUUGUGGACCUUGAAGUGUAGAUCAAGACCAGAUGAUGAGCGGAAAUGGAACACAGAAGCUAACAACAAGUGAUGCCCUUGUGUAUCUCAAGAAUGUGAAGGAUAUCUUUCAUGGAAAAAGAGACAAAUAUGAUGAGUUUCUUGAAGUCAUGAAAGACUUCAAAGCACAAAGAAUUGACACAUCUGGCGUCAUAGUAAGAGUGAAGGACCUUUUUAAAGGACAUCAAAACCUAAUUUUGGGUUUUAAUACAUUUUUGCCAAAGGGAUAUGAGAUCACCCUGCAAUCCGAGGAUGAACCAAAACCACCUCCAGUGAAAAAGGCAGUUGAAUUUGAAGAGGCAUUCAGUUUUGUUAACAAGAUAAAGGCUAGGUUUCAAGGGGAUGAUUACGUGUAUAAAUGUUUCCUUGACGUUCUGAAUAUGUAUAGAAAGGAAAACAAAUCAAUCUCUGAGGUUUUACAAGAGGUUUCUUUGCUCUUUCAUGACCACCCUGAUUUGCUUGGGGAGUUCACAAAUUUUUUACCAAAUGCAUCGUCCAGAGCUUUGGUUGAUAGAACUCAUAUCUUACAUAAUGAUGAGAAAGUACCUCCUGUGAUCAGGGGAAGCACCACUGAAAAGAAGGCCACUGGUUUGCAUGCAGAAAAUGGCCACCAUCAGAAUCGGCCUUCUCCAGAACAGUGCAAACAGGAAAAAAGAGAAAUAGAUUUUGACGAAAAGGAUUUGGACAAGACAUCUGUAUAUAGAGAUGCCAUUGCAAGUCAUUUUAACCACGGUGUGCUCGAUCAACAUCUAACAUUGUUUGAAAAAAUUAAGGAAAAACUGCAGAAUUCUGAUUAUUACCAACAACUUUUGAGGUGUCUUCACACAUAUUCGGUAGAAACAAUCACAAAAUUACAGUUGCAAUCCCUGGUAUUAUCUUUAUUGCUUUUCAUUGUUUUGGUGGAUACACAAUCAUGAUAUCUCAUUUUCUCAUUCAAGUUCUGUUGAAGCCUUAGCUCUGUCAUUUGCCUUGAAGUAGUGGAAUAAUUUAAUUAAGAUAUGACACACUUAAUCAAAUAUCUAGAACCUAAAACUCACACUUAAGAUAACCACUCUUAAGAUAUAGAUUUAGGAAUUUAAAUAGCAAACACAACAAGUGUAUUACUAAAUGGAAAAUGGAAUUACAAUGUGAGUCUCACAAAANGGCCUAAGGCCGAAAUAAAUACACACACAUAGGGGGGAAACUUCCCUGAAACAUCCACUCACAAAUCACAAGAAUAAUAUCCAUUUGUUUAUGUUUUCUUAAUGGAAUGAAAUCAGGGAUUUGGUCUUUGAUUUUCAUGGCUGGUGGCUUGUCCUUUAGUGAGGAAAAUCACAAGGAAAUAAGUGAUGAUUCUUGGGAAAUAAUGGGGGACAAAGGGGUUGGUUUUAUUGGCCUUAUAUUGGGUCAUUCAUGGAAGGUAUGUGGGGACUGAUUUGGUGGGUGGAGUGUCAAUAAACUCACAAAAGUCUUUUGUCCUUUUGUUAUUGUUUAUUCAGCCUAGGUGGGAGACACAAGGGGGACAAUGGUUGGUCAAUGUUGGGGAAUAAAAGAGGGGUUGUUUUUGGUCAUUAAAAGGGGACAGGGCUGGGUAUUAUUUAUGGGUAUUUUGGAGUUAUGGCUUUGGGUUACUGUGAGGGAAAACAUGGGCAGGAAGUAGGGGCUGGAGGUGGGUCAUGGUUUUGGCUCUUUGUCGGUGUUGUGUUGGGAUUGUGAGGUUUAUUUGGGCAGGGAAUGAAAGGAAGGAAGAGAGGGUUUUACUGGUUUAUUAAAAGGCUUAAAAGAAGGAAAAUAACAACAAACAAAAAGGUUUUGGUUUAUACACUCUUAUUUUCGGCCAUGGCUAAAAUAAGAGUAGGAAAAAACUUUAUUUUGAAAAGGAAAUAUUUUGGAUGUUUUGGGAUGGUUUGGACUGAAAUGGGAGUAGACCACAGAACCCUUGGGUCAAACGGAGGUUGUUUUGGCCUUUCGGGUUUAAGGACCAUUUGAAUUCAACUAAAAUGGAUCAUAAUAUUUGAAUAUAAGUCCUUUGGUUCU